UUAAAUUUUUCCUAUAUGAGCAAGCAAGUCACCCAAAACGAAACUGGAGAAUUGGGAGUGACACUCUCCCCAAAUUUUGCUUUUGGUGGCGAGAAGAAGGAAAAAGAAUGGGUUCAGACGGGGAGGAUUUGAUCGCACGGAGGCGGAGAAGAACCUCUUCUUCACAAGGUUGGCAACAACGCAUUGCUCUACCCACCAUUGUUGCAGGGGCUCUUGGUGGGGGAUAUGGUUUACUGAGUAGGAAGACGUAUGGUACUGUUAACUUGUCUGCCACAUAUGCUGCUAAUCUGGCCAUUGUUACCGGAUGCUACUGCGGAUCACGUGAACUUGUGCGAGAACUCCGAGCUGCUGAAUCUGGUGACCUUACCAACUCCUUUAUAGGAGGCAUUGCCAGUGGAGCAUUUCUUGGUCGACUUCAAGGUGGCCAGUUUGGUGCUGUUCGCUAUUCAAUCAUAUUUGCAUUUGCUGGUACUGCACUGGAUUAUGGAGCUAAUCAGCUUAAGUCUUACUUGGAGAGCUCCCAAGAUUCUCUCUCAUCAGAACCGUCAGUUCAACAAUCGGGUGAGAAGAAGGAUAAAUGGCUGAGAUGGCCUGAAUGGGCACCCAUCCAAUUGUUUGAUGAGGAAGCUGCUGCAAAGGAAGCUCAAGAAAAACAGUUUUUUGCACAGCAAAUAGCGAUGGCCAAACUAAAGGAAGAAAGAUCUCUUGAGAAAUGAAUGUAGUUUGUUGCCCUUUCUAUGCUUCUUCUUCGAUUGAGAAUGCACCGUGUAGCGAUUUUGAACAGCUGGGGCUUUUUUGGGAUCAAACUCUGUGGCCAAGGGAUCCAGUGCUCUUCAUGUUGAGCUUUAAUUUUUAGGUUUGAAACCCUCUAGAUCUCUUAAUUUAAUUUUUUUAUUUUUUAGUUCUCUGACAAAUAAUUAGGGUGAGGUGUGAUUUUUAAAGGAGCUGGCUCCUUCCUCUACAUAGCUGUAAUAUUACCGCAACAUUGUAUAAGAUACUCUGCCACCACCUGAGUACUAUUUGUUGGGAUAGCUUUCUAUAUUCCUCCUACAAUAUAGAAGUUCUAUCCUCUUUUUACCA